UUAUGCCGAAAACCGCGCUGUCGCCCCCUGGUCCUGGGGGGGUGGGGGGCGGGGAGCGAGGAAUCGGCUGCCUCGUCGUCCGUCCGUGUGCCGGUCACUCCAGCUUCUGUGCCUCAGUUUCUCCAUCUGUACAACGAGAUAGACCAGCGGCCUCUUCUCGCAGUGCCUGGGACGAGGUGGGGGGGUGUCAGGGACCCUGCGCUCAGAGGUGCCCCGCAAAAGGACGCGCGCAUUCUGUGUUGUCCCAAGCGUCUCAUUCUGUUUCGUUGCCGCUGUGCUGUUACGAUUUCCGCCCGGUACCUGCCCGGAGGCCACGUGGGUCUCCACAGACGUGGGACUUCCCUUCUUUGAAGGGGCCUUAAGCACCCAGAGCGGGUAUUAACUUGCCAGGUGGGUGCCACCGCGGCACCCCGUGUCCCCCGGGGUGUGGCCGCUGCUGGGGGCCGCGGGGCCCCGCCCCAGCCUGAGUCACCUCCGCUCGGAGCCCUCCCCCCCUUGGUUUCCUGCUUGGGGAAGUAGGUUCCUCUCUUGCUUGCUCCUGGGGGAGGGGGACCGGUGCCAGAGAAGGUACCCUGGAGCCCAACAGAGCAGGUGGCAAGAGGCCCCCUUUCAGAACCCGCGGGGAACAGAACUGGGGGAGACAAAGGAGGCUGUUCUCCCCAGACCCAAGCUGACUUAGCAGCUGUUUCUACCUGGGGCCUGUCCACCCUCACUGGACAGGCACCUUGAGGACACGGGCAUUUCCUGAGGCCUGUCAGGUCCAGGAAGCCUAAGGCACCCCGUCUGCGUUGCCGGUUUCCCCAUCCGUGAAGCGGUCUCUGUGGGCAGGUGCCCGGGCCACAGCAGGGGCGGGGCCGACCCCAUCCCGUCUGCAAGCGUGUAGUUCAGGAAAGGAGGGUUAAAUAGUAAAUAGAUGAGCAGACCAGCUGGUUCUGGGCAGCAACAGGUGAGGCGGGGUAAUGGGGCUGGUCGGGCUGUCCAGGAGCACGGCGGUUUCUCCCAGGAGGUGGCAUCUGAGCCGACGGCAGACUGUGCCAAGAAAGCCUUCGUUACAGAUCCGAUUUGCUGGGCACUUGUGGGUAUUGCCAUCUCUGUCCUGCCCGCUUCUGCUGUCCUCUCUUCCUCGAGUGGGGACCAGGCCCGGUCGUUGGCCCUGGAGACCACACGUUUCUUGUCUCCUGCUGGAAUUUGGUUGAGGCCCCUUCCGGGCUGCCUGCCCGCUCUAGCUGGCUCCCAGGUGAAGAGGCUGUCAGCAUCCAAGCGGAAGCAACACUUCAUCAACCAGGCCGUGCGGAACUCAGACCUCGUGCCCAAGGCCAAGGGGCGGAAGAGCCUUCAGCGUCUAGAGAACACCCAGUACCUCCUAACGCUGCUGGAGACAGACGGGGGCACAGCUGGUCUGGACGAUGGGGACCUGGCCCCCCCCGCAGCACCCGGCAUCUUCGCAGAGGCCUGCAGCAAUGAGACCUACAUGGAGGUCUGGAAUGACUUCAUGAACCGCUCUGGGGAGGAGCAGGAACGGGUUCUCCGCUACCUGGAGGAUGAGGGCAAGAGCAAGGCACGGAGGAGGGGGCCCGGCCGCGGGGAGGAUCGAAGGAGAGAGGACCCAGCCUACACACCCCGAGAGUGCUUCCAGCGCAUCAGCCGGCGUCUGAGAACUGUCCUCAAGCGGAGCCGCAUCCCCAUGGAGACUCUGGAGACCUGGGAGGAGAGGCUGCUGAGGUUUUUCUCUGUGUCUCCCCAGGCCGUGUACACGGCCAUGCUGGACAACAGUUUCGAGAGACUCCUGCUUCACGCCAUCUGUCAGUACAUGGACCUCAUCUCAGCCACCCUCCUCCACCGUGCCACCCAGGUGACUUCGGCGAGUCCCCCUCCUGGGGCCUGUGUCUCCGCUUUUACCACGGGGGUGUUCUCAGGACACAGUGCCCCAGGGAGAGUCCUCACUGCCUCUGGGUGCGCCGCCUCCUGCCCGGAGUUGCUGAGGUGCGGACCUGGAGGGCAAGAGGCAGAUGAAAGUCAGCAACCGCCACCUGGACUUCCUGCCACCGGGGCUGCUCCUGUCCGCGUAUCUGGAGCAGCGCAGCUGAUGGCCGCCCCCCCUCCCCCGCCCCCGGCCUCCCCUCCCCCAGGCCUCCCGUGCCAUUCGCUAAAGUAUCUUUAUUAUUUGGAGGAUUUGUCCCUGCAGACGUGCUCUACCCCUGGGGGGGGCUAUCACUCUGACUCCUUCCCAGCCCGCCUCUCCCAGAUAAACGCGAGGCCCUGGCCCCCCACACCGGACUGUCCUGGCCUUGCAGCUCCCCGCUCCGGGACUCGAGUUUGAGCGAGGAGACCCGGCCUGGUCACUUCCGUGUUCCUUCUUCGUUCAGCUUUUUCGGCCCCGUCUGAAACUUAAGCAAGGAGCGACAGGCUGGGUUUUUAUCACUUUUAAUGAAUUUGGCAUGAUUUGUUGUAGAUUUUUAAAUUUCCCUUUUGGGAAGAAAAACCAAAAACUUGCCCCAACUGAUAAAUCGGGGGACUUUGUUCCAGUCCCUGUUUGAGCCUCCCCCAUCCCCCAGCUUUUGGCUUGGAUGUGGGGGAGGGGGGGCCUGGGGCUCCGCCCCGUUUUCCAGGUGUGUUCUGUCGUGUGCGCCUGCGCGUGUGCCCCACGCCCUAGGACAGGGGCUGCAUCUUAAAGGCUGGUCUUGCCACCCUUUUGGAACAUGUUUGUCCUCCACGGGUGGCUUUUGGUGGCUCUUGGGGCCCCAUUUGCUCUACACACCUCCUCCCUUCAUCCUGCGGGAUCAGGACUUCCAGCCAGAAGCCUCUGCCCUAGGACUGCCCCAUUCCCCUGUCGGUGUCCCUUUGCCCUUCCCCUAGCCUAGCUCUGGCCUGUUGCCUUGGGCUGACCUCUCACUGGCCACCCUGGCAUGUCCCACAAGAGCAGGGCUGGGGGACCCUCCCGUGUGUGUGUGUGUGUGUGUGUGUGUGUGUGUGUGUGUGUCUAGUUGUGCUUUGGGAAAAGUGGAGAGUUCAAUAAAUUUCUGGUGCUCUGC